AUGAAGGAGCUGAUUGUCAAUUGUCGUGCCAUGGGUCAUGAUCUUCCUGAUCCCGAUGCAUGGCUGCCCGGUGGCCGCAAACUCAGGGGAGAGUGCCCUUCUUUCAAUUGUCAACACAAGCCCACAACUGCUUGCUGCAUGAAGAAGAUAUUGUACUGCAAGCCAGAUUUUCAAGCACAGCUGGGAAUGCUCAAGGAACACUGCAUGAAGAGAGGUUACAAGGUCAUAUUUUUCUCGAAAUAUCACCCAGAGCUGAACUUCAUUGAGCAAUGUUGGGGCUAUGCAAAAUGCAUCUACCGGAUAUAUCCUCGGACCACAAACAAAGAAGAGCUUGAAGCGAACGUCCUCAAGGCUCUUGAAUCUGUUCCCAUUGAGUCCAUGCAUUGCUUCUCUGUCAGAUCCUUGUGCUUUGCUGAUGGAUAUUAUCACAGACUCAAUGGGGCAGAAGCUGCCUGGGCUAAUAAAAAAUAUUGA